AGGUGUUAAGCAUGCAUCUUGUUCCUGAGAGCUACAUCCCUCUAGUGUCUUAGGUAGAACACCAGGGAUUAAAGUCUUAAUAGGCUUCUCUCGUCUGCAACAUUCGACAUGCCUUGACCACAAAUGUAGCCCGCACAUGUCUUUGAAGGGAAUUGCAUCGGACUAUGGACAUAUUUUGUAGACUACUAUUAAUAGUUGUGUUGACCGUGAACGUGCAAGUAUGUGAGUCUCUGACUCAAUGUUUAACAGGGUGCAGUUGCGUGGCAGACCGUAAUGGCAGGUCACUUAUAUGCAUGGAGGAGAGUGCCUUCGGAGCCAUACCGGAUAACAUUCCGGUAGACAUGAUCAAAAUCCGCAUAGAAAAGUCUCACUUCACCGAAGUCCCCAAGGGAGCCCUCUUAACCGUCCCAAACCUGGAAAACCUGUGGUUGAACUUUAACGACAUCACUCUGAUCAAUUCAAAGGCUUUAGAAGGAUUGAGAAACCUGUCCGAGUUACGUCUCCAAGGCAACAGGCUACGAUCGGUGCCGUGGACGGCGUUCGAAGACACGCCCGCGCUCAAGAUCCUGGACCUGAAGCACAACCAGCUGGACGUGUUGCCCGAACACGCGCUAAAAUACCUGCCCGGUCUGACCUACUUAGACCUCUCUUUCAACCAGCUCUCGGUCAUCUCGAGGGAAGUCUUCCUAAACUGGCCGCUCUACCAGAGAAUACAGAGCACGAGCGGCCAGGAGACCAACCACCAAGGGCCCAACGUCGUGCUGGCGCUGCAUGACAACCCGUGGCUCUGCGACUGCCGUCUGGCGGGCUUCGUGGAGUUCGCCAAGUCUCUGGGCCCGCCCAUCCUCCUGAUGAACUCCUACUUGACCUGCUCGGGUCCGGACGUCAGAGCGGGGAAGUUCUUCCACGAGACGGAGCUGGAGAGGUGUUUGAGGCCCGUGGUCUCCACCCCGUUCACCAACGUCAGCAUGCCCCUGGGGGCGAACAUCACCCUGCAGUGCAUGGCGCGCGGCCGGCCCAAGCCCGCGGUGUGGUGGACAUAUGGCCUGAAGAUAAUCAGAGGAUUUCGCGAAUCCCAGGAAUGGAUCUCCGCCGACAUCAUCAGAACCAGCCUGGUCAUCCCCGCCCUGCACCCCGUGGACCGCGGCCUCUACACCUGCAGCGCCCUCAACUUCCUGGGCAACUCCUCUGUCAGCAUCGCCCUGGAGGUGCUCCACUCUCCCUCCUCCUCCUCCUCCGACGCCAAGUCGCCGUCGUCCCCCAACGGCCCCCGGCCCCGCUCCGGCCUCCCCGUGCCCGGCGGCAGCGGCGGCGGCGAGGAGGACAACGUGUACAUCGACAUCCGCAUCGCCAAGCAGACGGUGCGCGGCAUCAGCAUCGAGUGGUACGCCACGCUGGAGCGGCCCUCGGAGACCUGGUUCACGGUGCACCUGGGCCGCGCCGACGGGGCCCCCGGCGCCCGGGAGGCGGUGCACGUGGGGCCGGGCCUCAACGCCUACGCCGUGUCCGACCUGCUGCCCGCCACCAAGUACGACAUCUGCGUCACGCUGCAGAACCGCAGCCCGCGGCCGGGCCAGUGCCUGGUGUUUGUGACGGGCAGUGACGUCACGGAGAAGGAGCAGCGGGAGAAGCUGAUCCACAUCGUGGUGAUCGUGCUGGCCAUGGUGCUGGCCGUGCCGGCGGGGAUGUACGCGUGCACCACGGACGCCAAGCUGGCCUGCCCCGAGGGCGUGGCGAAGGCCUGGAGGAACAGGCAGCAGAGGGCUGGGGAUCGGGCCGGCAGGGAGAGGGAGAGCACGUUUGACAGUCUGCAGGCGGCCAGCGACGAGGGUCUGGUCAACAGGGAGUCCAGCGAAGACCGAAAGGUGAGGAGGAGGUCUGAAGAUAGGGGGCUGAAGAACAAAAUGGCGGACCACUGCAGACUCACUGCGGAACUGUAUUAGAAGAUAAUAGUGGGUUUAACAAGAGAGGGCGGCUGGAUUUGUUUUGGGUUGUUAUUUUUAUGAAUUGAAGUCCCUCAUUUUGUAUUAAGUCUCCUUUCCUUCUUCCUCUUCCUUCAACACAUUGUUAGUCAAGCAAUAACUUGCUGUUAAAUACAUUAAAGCAUGUUAUAAAAUGCUGUCCUUGAGCAGAAUACUACAAAAUGUUCAUACAAAGCAUUUUGUAUAUUUAUUAUUGAUUAAAAGUUUGCCUUUAUUUUAAUAUUUUCUCUUCCUUUGUUCUAGGCCCGGGAGAAACGAUGACUGCUAUUACUGAUUUGAAGAUUUAUGAUUGAUAUGAAGGUAGAAUGUGAUGCUGUAUUAACCACAGCAUCACAUUCUGUAAUAAGCCCUAUUUUGAUCGUGUUAUAUAUUAAUUGUGCAUGCAUUGACAGGAUUGUAAACAAAUUAUGCAAGCAAUGACUGCGAUUUGAUUGGCAGUUAUGGUCAAAUGUUUUUGUCAAAAUGUAAUAGCAAUGCUAUUAUGCGUUUAAAUAAGCUAUCGAUAGUAAAUGCAUGUUUUUAAAUGUUUUUAAAAAUAAAAUACAAUCUUCCUGUUUUCUUGGCAACAACUUGACAACCAUAACUUUCAAAGGCAUUUUAAAGUUAUAUGCAGCAAAUAUAUGCAGAACAUGCACCUGUUGCCCAUGGCAAUGGCAUUUCAAUGAGUGUGUGUGUGUGUGUGCGUUAUUAUGAGCACCAUAAUAAUAUUCAAUCCUGAAAAUAUCUGCUACUUCCUAGGUUAUGCUGAUGACCUUAUUGUAAGCUGAUGGUCUUUGCCUUUGCAAAGGGCUGUUCAAAGUCCACCAGUAAACCCUGACAUUUAUAGUUGCAGAUCGCCACCCGCCCGUAUCGGGAUUCAGGGAAACAGAUGCAGCAUGUUGAACCUGGAUCACUCCUUCAUUCCCUUUAAAGACAGACACUGGACACACAACAUUAAGUACACCCAAAUGCGUCAGUGCUUAGAUGUGUGCAUAUUAAAUGGGCAUCGCGGCACACGUGAAAUGUGGCUUUGCGUCAUCAACCCGGACCAUUCUGUCAGGCCCCCGGGCAGAUGGCACCGGGGAUAUGUGUCAGCCAAUGGCAUUGUUCAUUUGACGUAAGUCCACUCAACACUGGCAUUUUCCCUCAGCUGCGACCCCUCCCCCCCCCGUUGUCCUCCUCCUCCAUCUCAUUGGACGACACAACAAGCCCACCAGUGCCCUCUGUUUCUAUGCAUACAUCCCCCCCCCCCCACCCCCCCACCUGUGACGCAAGAAGAUCAGUUGGUAUCUGUUAGAUCCAUGCUCCGCAGAUAAGGAUCAGUUAGGAAUACAAGCAACACAAAUAUGAAGACAUUAGAUCAGACUCCAUGUCUGCCCGUCUAUCAGUCUGUUUGGCCAGCCAGAGUCUAUCCCUACAUCUGAUCUGUUACAUGUUAGAAAAUGUGUUUCUUCAAUUGAACGACGUAGUAUUGAUUUCUGUUCAUUGUGAUACUGUCAGUAAAAGACAAUCAUAUAA